CGACGCCGCCGUCACCAUCCAGUGUGCGUUCAGACGCACGCGAGCCAAGCGGCAGCUGCAGCAGCUGAAGAUCGAAGCUCGCUCUGCAGAGCACCUGAAGAAGCUCAACACCGGCAUGGAGAACAAGAUCGUCCAGCUGCAGAGGAAGAUGGACGACCAGUCCAAAGAGUACAGGACUCAGAACGAGCAGCUGGUUCUGGUGAACACCAGUCUGGGCGCGGAGGUGAACAAGCUGCAGAAGCAGCUGGAGCAGGUCCGGAGUCAGCAGGGCGAAGGAGGCCAGCUGACGUCUCUGCAGGAGGAGCUGGAGAGGCUGAGGGAGGAGCUGCAGGAGGCGUCGGCCCAGAGGAAGAAGCUGGAGGAGGAGCACAGCAACGAGAAACUGGGGCUGCAGGAGGAGCUGCAGGAGGCGUCGGCCCAGAGGAAGAAGCUGGAGGAGGAGCACAGCAACGAGAAACUGGGGCUGCAGCAGAGGGUGGAGGAGCUGGAGAGGGAGAACACUCUGCUGAAGAGCGAGAAGGAGGAGAUGAACCGGAGGAUCCUGCAGCAAUCAAAGAGCAUCGAAGAGGACGACAGCAGUCUGGCUCAGAGGGAGUCGUCUCUGCAGGCUGAGCUGGACCAGGAGAGGCAGCGCUACCAGAACCUGCUCAAAGAGUUCUCCAGGCUGGAGCAGAGAUACGAAAACCUGAAGGAGGAGGUGUCCCUGGCCAAGUUCCACCCCGGCCACCGGAGGAACCCGUCCAAUCAGAGCAGCCUGGAGUCGGACUCCAACUACCCGUCCGUCUCCACCUCGGAGGUCGGAGACACCGAGGACGCCGUCCAGCUGGUGGAGGAGCUGGGCGUGGAGAAGGCCGCCAUGGACAUCAGUCUGUUCAUGAAGCUGCAGAAGAGAGUCCGGGAGCUGGAGCUGGAGAGGAAGAGGCUGCAGGUCAGCGUGGACAAGAUGGAGGAGCUGGCCCGGAGCAAGGGCUCCGAGGCCAAGAGUCCCGCCUCUGAGCAGGAGACCGCAGACCUGGCCUACAACAACCUCAAGAGGCAGGAGCUGGAGUCGGAGAACAAGAAACUGAAGAACGACCUGAACGAGCUGAGGAAGGCCGUCUCUGAGCGAGCGUCUCAGAACAACUCGUCCAGCGAGCUGCAGGGCAGCUACAACCUGCUGCUGAGCCAGCUGAAGGCGGCCAACGAGGAGCUGGACGCCCGCAAGGAGGAAGUCCUCAUCCUGAGGACUCAGAUCGUCAGCACGGCCCAGCUGAUGGAGAGGAACGAGCACAUCCAGGAAAGUAAUAACGUCCCUGAGCUGAACAGCAAAGAGCCCGUGGACAAAGAGGAGGCGCUCAGAGCCUAUCAUGGGCUGUGCGAGUCCAAAAAGCUGCUGGAGGCCCAGCUGCAGUCUCAGUCCCGGCAACACAAAGACGAGCUGGAGGCUCUUCACACUCAGAUCGAGCUGCUGAAAGACGACAUCCUGAAGAAGCAGGAGAUCCUGAACUACACCUCGUCCCUGUCCCCUGAGGCUCAGGUGGAGUACAGCAUCCAGCAGGAGAUCACACGGCUCACCAACGACAACCUGGACCUCAAGGAGCUGGUGGAGAAGCUGGAGAAGAACGAGAGGAAGCUGAAGAAGCAGCUCAGGAUCUACAUGAAGAAGGUCCAGGAGUUAGAAGUUUCUCAGGCGGACGCAGCUCAGACCAACAGGCCCAGACCUGAACUGUGCCGCCAGGUGACCGUCCAGAGGAAAGAGAAGGACUUUGAGGGGAUGCUGGAGUACUACAAGGAGGACGAGGCCCGGCUGCUCAAAACUCUGAUCACCGACAUCAGGCCCAGCACGGUGUCGGCCACAGUCCCCUGUCUGCCUGCAUACAUUCUCUUCAUGUGCAUCCGCCACGCCGACUACGUCAACGACGACCAGAAGGUGGAGUCUCUGCUCACCUCCACCAUCAACGGCAUCAAGAAGGUCCUCAAGAAAAACGAGGACUUUGAGACGACGUCGUUCUGGCUCGCCAACACCAGCCGCCUCCUCCACUGCCUGAAGCAGUACAGCGGCGACGAGGUGUUCAUGACGCAGAACUCAGCCAAACAGAACGAACACUGCCUGAAGAACUUUGACCUGACGGAGUACCGACAGGUGCUGAGCGACCUCUCCAUCCAGAUCUACCAGCAGCUCAUCAAGGUGGCAGAAGGCAUCAUACAGCCCAUGAUCGUGUCGGCCAUGUUGGAGAGCGAGAGCAUCCCCAGCCUGGCGGGGGUCAAGCCGAUGGGCUACAGGAACCGGUCGUCCAGCAUGGACACGGACUCCGGCGGCCCCAGCAGCUACACUCUGGAGGCCCUGAUCAGACAGCUGGGGCAGUUCCACAGCAUCAUGCGGGAACACGGCCUGGACCCCGAGAUCGUGGGUCAGGUGGUCCGACAGCUCUUCCACUGCAUCAACGCCGUCACCCUCAACAACCUGCUGCUGCGCAAAGACGUGUGCUCCUGGAGCACCGGCAUGCAGCUCAGGUACAACACCAGUCAGAUGGAGGAGUGGCUGAGAGCAAACAACCUGUACCAGAGCAAAGCUGCAGCCACUCUGGAGCCCAUCAUCCAGGCCGCUCAGCUGCUGCAGGUCAAGAAGAAGACCACGCAGGACGCCGAGGCCAUCUGCUCGCUCUGCAGCGCCCUCUCCACCCAACAGAUUGUGAAGAUCCUGAAUCUCUACACGCCGCUGAACGAGUUUGAAGAAAGAGUCACAGUUUCCUUCAUCAGAAACAUCCAGAAUCGUCUCCAGGUCAGGAACGACCCUCCUCAGCUGCUGGUGGACACCAAGCAAACGUUCCCCGUCCUCUUCCCGUACACGCCCUCCGCUCUCAGCCUGGAGACGCUGCACAUCCCCGCCUCGCUCGGCCUCGACUUCCUCAUCAGGGUCUGACACGACGAACCGACGCUUUAACCAGCUGAACAGCAGACAAUCUGAAGGGUCACAUGAACCUGAGUGAACCACCUGUCCAUGUCCCGUGUCCUCGCUUCAUCCUUUAUGCAACCCGAACAUCACUGUGCCCACUGCUCUUCUUCUUCUGUUUCUGCGAGAGCCGGUGUGCGUUACAGGAGGUCUGGACUGAGGCAGGAUGAAGAAGGUCAGUGAGAAGCCUGAGGACGGAGUCUCAAAUCUGUGUUUCAUGAUCCACCAACAAAAACGAGAUUUGCACUUCUGUGCAGGGACAUGUGGACGUCUCAGGUGCAUUUACUGUCCACAAACAGGUCCACAAACGUCUCUGCUCUAAUGGAGGACUGGGGGGGGGGGGGUGACUCUGUAGUUGCAGUACUGCGAGUGACCACUGGGACAAGCUGCCAUAAUCCCACAAUGCAAUGCGCUUUCAUUUUAUAGAUGUGACAUCUGUGUGACUCUGCAGCCGUUGGUGACGAAGCAACGGGAAAGUUUCCAGCUAACGUUUGUCUGGUUUUUGCUUCGCAUCGUUCAGGUUUGUUGGCGUUUGUGGACAGAAAACGCGUUUGUGAACGUGUUUCCACAAACUGCGAGCAUGAGACACUUUUCUCUCCAUGAAGAAGAUGUUUGUGUACGACGUUAUCAGCUGCAUGUUAAUCACUCCUGAACAGGUUUAAUGAACCAAAAGAAAAAAUCAGAGCGUUUCGUUUUGUCUCUUCUUAUUUUGCCUUCAGAGACCUGGUCUGUGUUCAGAGCAGCGCUGUGGACGAAGUCAUAUCAUGAAUCUGUUUGUUCUUUUUAAGUUUCUGUGUGAAAUCGGUCAAAUUUUUUUAUUCCUCCAUUUUUUUUUUUCUUGUGUGAUUUGUACGAUUUUGUUUGUGACACCGAUCAAUAACUGAAUACUUAAUGUAAACGUCUGACGGGUGUACCGACCUGAUGUCAGAGAAAAGACCUGCUGCCAUGCAUUACUACAUUAUUAUACACAGUUUAUAUAUCUAUAUUUGUCUUUAAACACAGUGGGUUGAACGGAUGCCUGAUGAUUGGGGGAUGAUGGAAGCUUUAAUUCUUAGCUGAAUAAUCUUUUGCACUUGUAGGAACACUAAUUAUUAAAACACUGUCUAUAGAGUCCAAACUGUGUCCCGCUCAAAGGAAAACACAUUUUUAUGAAGUAUAACUGUAAUACAAGAAGAAGUACUCUGUGCAAAAUGUUUUAUCUUCUGUGUGCUGGACGUUUGAUUCACUCAUGAUACAAAUUACUACACUGAAAUCUAUAUUUUCAUACUUCUGCGUUUAAAUGUACUUUAAUUAGUUCUUGCAGUGAAACUGUUCAGCUGGAAACGCUGAUGUAAAUGUUUUGAAGCAUGAAGCACAAAGUAACUUCCUGUAACAUCGUCACGUCUUCUUCAUCAGAAUAAAAUACUUUGUUUUUCCAGCAAAAGA